GAGGUUUGUUUUGUACACUCCUGAAGAAUAUCAAAGUUCCAGAUGGGUAUGCAUCCAAUAUUUCUCGUCGUGUUAACCUCAAACAACAUAGCAUAUCUGGACUGAAAAGUCAUGACAACCAUAUAUUGAUGCAACAAAUACUUCCAAUAGCAGUGAGAAAUUUGUUACCGAAAAAAGUUGUUGAACCAUUGAUUGAGUUAAGCAAUUUCUUCAGGCAGUUGUGCUCCAAAACUUUAGAGCCAGAUGGGUUAGAUCGUCUUCAAUCCCAAAUUGCUCUUACACUUUGUCAUCUUGAGAGAAUUUUUCCUCCAUCCUUUUUCGAUAUAAUGGAGCACUUGCCUAUUCACCUAGCAGAGGAGGCCAAGAUUGCUGGUCCAGUGCAAUAUCGCUGGAUGUACUUCAUAGAAAGGUAUCUUAUGACACUUAAGUCAUAUAUGCGUAAUCGAAGUCAUCCAGAAGGUUCAAUUGCAGAGGGAUACUUAGUUGAAGAGUGUAUGACUUUUUGCUCAAGGUACUUGGAUGAUGUCGAGUCAAAAUUGAAUCGACCAAUAAGGAAUUACGAUGUUAGCGACAAUCCUGGGAUAUUACUGGGUCAUGCUUUAGGAAAAGGAAAAGGGUUUGCGCUUGAUAGCACAUCAUGGGUACAAGCUCAUUGGUAUGUGUUAUUUAACACUGCUGUGGUUUUCCCAUAUCGAGAGGAGCAUCGUGAUUUUAUUAAGCGGUCACAUCGUCGUCUUAAAGAUUUUGAUGUGGAUCGCCGUCACAAUGAUGAGUUUCCCAGAUGGUUUAAUUCUCAUGUUGAAGAGCUUCUAGCUAUUGAAAAUGCUGUGUUGUCAGAUGAGAUUAAAACUUUGGCAUUGGGACCUAGUAAAAAGGCCACGAGAUUCAGUGGGUAUAUAAUUAAUGGUACUAGGUAUCAUACGAGGAGUCGUGAGUGGAGAAGAAAAACUCAAAAUAGUGGGGUUAUGGUGAAAGCAAAGACUUGUAGCUAUGCAAGUACCAGAGACAUGAAUCCUGUGGAAGGUGAAGUAGCAUACUAUGGAUAUGUGACAGAUAUUAUUGAAUUGUAUUACUCAUACGACCGUAGAUAUGUGCUAUUCAUGUGCGACUGGAUUGACAACAACAAAGGAUUGAAGCAGGAUGGGUUUGGUUUCACACUUGUUAAUUUCAAUCAUUUGUUAUAUACAAAGAAACAAAAUAGUGAUGAGCCAGCACGCGGUCUUACUGUGGACAAUAAAUGA